GAGUCGGAGGUAUGGUGUUCGGAAAAAUGUAAGGUUAACCUGCCGUGUGAAUAGUGUUUGAAGGAAUAAAUCUUUUCCUUUUCCUUGAAUUUUGAAAAAAAUGAAUAACAUGAAAGAAAAUUCAGUCGUCCCUGCGAAAAAUACAACUACGGGGAACACGAAACCGUAUGGAAAGAUCGUAUUAACAUUACAGAAUUGUCUUUUACCCGACGAGAAGCUUAAUUCGACGCCGUCGCAUUUAGACGGAUUGGACGCGGAAACCGAAACGGACCUACGAAUACUAGGAUGCGAAUUAAUACAAACCGCUGGUAUUUUGCUAAAACUACCGCAGGUUGCGAUGGCCACAGGACAAGUAAUAUUUCAACGAUUUUAUUACAGUAAAUCGUUAGUUAGGCAUAAUAUGGAAACAACUGCAAUGGGUUGUAUUUGUUUAGCUAGUAAAAUUGAGGAAGCACCAAGGCGUAUAAGGGAUGUCAUUAAUGUUUUUAAUCACAUAAAACAAGUCUCCAGUCAAAAACCAAUACAACCAGUGGUCCUUGACCAGAAUUAUGUGGCAUUGAAAAAUCAAGUAAUUAAAUCUGAAAGGAGAGUUCUAAAAGAGUUAGGUUUCUGCGUUCAUGUAAAACACCCUCAUAAAAUUAUUGUUAUGUACUUGCAAGUAUUGGGUUAUGAAAAGAAUAAGGCUCUGAUGCAACAAUGUUGGAAUUAUAUGAAUGACUCACUAAGGUCUGAUGUAUUUUUAAGACAUCAGCCAGAAACAGUAGCUUGUGCAUGUGUCUAUUUAGGGGCUAGACAACUGCAACUUCCACUACCUACAUCUCCUGCUUGGUUUUCCCUCUUUAAAGUCAACGAAUCUGCCAUUAGAGAUGUUUGUCGUCGUAUAUUACGACUCUAUUAUCGACCCCGUGUUAAACCAGAACAAUUAGAAAAACGUGUAGAAGAACUUCGGCGACAGUAUGAAGAAGCCAGAACCAAAGCUAGGGGAGGCGAUAUUGAUAGUCACACGCCAAGCCCACCACUGCCUAAGCAUCAUAAUGCCUGGGGUGGUUUUAUUAGUCGUAGUGGUACCCACGCGGCACCCGAAAGGACAAAAUCUCCUAGGCGUUCAAAGUCUCCGAGUACUUCGCCAUCAAGAGGUGAAGGAACAAAGCAUUCCAAGAGAAAGAAACACAGCAGAAGCAGAUCCCGCAGCCACAGUCACGGACGAUCGCGAAAACCGAAAAAAGCGCAACGAAGACGAUCCGGCAGUCAUAAAUCUUCGCGUAGCCGUUAUAGAUCGCGCAGUCGAUCUCGUGAAAGAGAAACAGAAAAAUCAAGUAAACAUCGCAGUAAACACAGACGACAUUGAACCAUUUACUGUAUAAAAAAUUGUUUGAUUCUACAGCCAAGACACUGCAAUUGCAUUUGCAGUUGUAUCGAUUUUGUAAUUUCUGAGGCCUUUUUUACCUCUGUUAAUUGACAGAAAACAACUAGAACGAUUAGUUUCCACUUUAUGGUACAUAUCUUGAGUUAAUUUAAAAACGAUAACUAUAGGAUUGAAAUGAAUCACUUGUAAGAGUGUCCACUCAAAGUACCUUGUGAAGAAAAAAAAAAGAACGGUACAUUCUCAGAGAAAUGUUACAAGUAACAAUACUUAAAUGGGCGUGUAUUUAAUACAAAUGCAAUUUAAAAAUAAAGUUUUA